ACACAGGAGAGUUUUGGACUGGAGAGGGAAGCUAAAGACAUAUGCAACAUGAUGACACAUGCAGAAGAAACCAAAGACAGCUUUCACAAGAAUCAAGUCCAAAACAAAAGAAUGGAACAAAUAAAUAAUAAUUGAUUUGAUCAAUAAGGAAGCAAAAACACAGCCUCUCUAGUGGACCCUCCUACAACUUAUUCAUAUUUGAUGCAGCGAGGAGGACAAACGGACGCCUCGGGGAACAUCCAUUGUAUGAGCGCUGACGCCUCACCUGGGGAAUAUGGGUGUUCCCCUUCCCAGAGGUUUACAGUGUCAGGGCAGUAUAGUGGGGGGGUAGGGGAGGAGAUGCUCCCGGGUGGAGACGUCGGUUGACCACACGGAUGAGGCUGGGAGACCACAGACAUUCAGCGCCAGAACUGAGAGCCAGAUCCAGAGGAGGGGAGUCCAGAACCACCAGGAAGGGGCAAAUAUGUGGUUCCGCCUCCUCUGGCUGGGGUGUCUGCUUGCAGCGGUGAAGUACUGCAGUUCAGUGGCAGAUCUGGAGGAAUGCGUGGCGGCCGGGAUCAAGUGUCAUCCGAAGGCUGACUGUCUGAAGGCCCAGAGCAACUUCACCUGUGCGUGUGGGAUGGGUUACCAGGGGGACGGUCUGGACUGCAGCGACAUCGACGAGUGUCUCAGCGGCCUGCACAGCUGCCACCCGAAGGCGCGCUGCAACAACACCCUGGGCAGCUACACCUGCGUAUGUCUCAAUGGGUUCGUCGGCAACGGCAACGAAUGCCAGGAUGUCGAUGAGUGCCAAAAAGAAAAUGGGGGCUGUCAUCCCAGUGCUCUCUGUACCAACGUUGAGGGCGGGAGAAAGUGCAAGUGUAAAGGCGGCUACACGGGCGACGGCUUCCAGUGUGCCGACAUAAAUGAGUGUGACAGCCCGAGAACUUGCCACUGGUUUGCCACUUGCACCAACAACCUUGGAUCUUAUGUUUGCACAUGUAACGCCGGCUAUAAAGGGAACGGGAAUUACCUGUGCCUGGACGUCGACGAGUGCUCGGAGACUCCACGUGUGUGUUCCUCCUCACUCGGAUACAAAGGCUGUAAGAAUCUACCGGGAACGUACCGCUGCACCUGCAAUACUGGUUUUGAGAGCAACGGGCAAAACUGCGUAGAUAUCGACGAGUGUGCCGACAACAUCUGCAGCCUGUACGCAGACUGUACCAACACCAUGGGCUCGUACCGCUGUAUAUGCCACAGCGGGUUCGUGGGAAACGGCUUGACGUGUGCAGACAUAAAUGAAUGCACUCUGGACAACUCGUGUGAUCCAAAAGCCCUCUGCAUCAACAGGCUGGGCAGCUACGAGUGCUCGUGUUUGCAGGGUUAUGUAGGAGAUGGACGCGAGUGUCAGGACAUAGACGAGUGCCUGUCGCAGACCAUCUGCCCCUCCACAACUACCUGUGUCAACACCGGAGGGGCGUUUUACUGCGACUGUGGCAACGGAUACAUCUUCAACAACUCCAGGUGCCAGGACCUGGACGAGUGCGCCGCUGGCCUUUGCAGCCCCUUCGCGAACUGUAACAACAGUCCUGGCACAUUCUCCUGUCAGUGUGCCACGGGUUAUAGCGGAGACGGCUUCUCUUGUGAGGACAUUGAUGAGUGUUCUUUGACUCAGCAAUGUCACUCCAAUGCUGUGUGCCUCAACCUGCCGGGCACCUUCAACUGCACCUGCUUGGUGGGUUAUUCUGGAGACGGCUUCUCCCAGUGUGGCGAUAUUAACGAAUGCCAGGUGGAUAACGGAGGCUGCCGAAACAAGGCUGAAUGCAUCAACAGCCAGGGUUCUUUCUCAUGCCUGUGCCAAUCCGGCUUUGUCCUUGUCAACCAGACAUACUGCCAGGACGUGGACGAAUGCGAGAACCUGGAUAAUCCAUGUGAGGUGAACGAAGAAUGCAAGAACACUGAUGGGUCUUACGAGUGUCCCUGCCAGGUUGGAUACUAUCGUCCCGCCUCCAACAUGGGCUGCUUUGACAUCGACGAGUGCAAAAACGAUCCGUGCCAUGUGAACGCAACAUGUCUGAACACAGUUGGCACACACACUUGCACGUGCAAUCGAGGGUUCGCAGCUAACGGCAGCUCGUGUGUGGAUAUAGACGAGUGUCUACUGAACGAUAUUUGCCACCCACACGCUCUUUGCGUGAACUUCGUCGGGGACUUCCUCUGCUCAUGCCAGCAGGGUUUCAGCGGCGACGGCUUCUCCUGUGAGGACAUCAACGAAUGUUCCCUCUCCGACCCAGAAUGCCCAGAUUUCUCCAAGUGUGUCAACUCCCCUGGUGCAUAUGUCUGCUCCUGUCUCAACGGCACCAUAGCCCUCAAUGACUCAUGUGUCUCUCCGGUCCGACUCUGUGACCCUGUAUGUCAUCCUCACGGCCUGUGCCACCUCUCGCCUGCUGGGUACCAGUGUGUGUGCGACCUGGGCUAUGUGGGAGAUGGACUUACCUGCUCAGACAUCGAUGAGUGCCAGAAGGAGGGCAUUUGCACGCAAAAUGACACGGAAUGUCUGAACGUCCCUGGGUCGUUUUCCUGCGUGUGCAAACAAGGAUAUUCACUAAAUGGGACCCAGUGUGAAGAUGUCAACGAAUGUGAGUCGGGCCAACAUGAGUGCAGUGAAUUCGCCCAGUGUGUCAACAGUGAGGGCGGCCACUCCUGCUUCUGCCUGAGCGGCUUCAUCGGUGAUGGCAGGAACUGCUCCGAGAGUACCUUGUUCCCCUUCGGAGCCGAGUUGGGCGAUGAAGAGCUGAGGCUGGAUGCAGCAGACGGCUACUCCCCGUACAUCCAACCCCCGAUGGGCUUUCCUUUCCUGGGACUGUUGUACUACAGAAUAUAUUUCACUGACAACGGCCUCGUCCAGUUCCAGUCCCUCUCUGAGAACGAGCAGCUGUUGUAUCCCACGCCGCCGUCCGGCGGUUUCCCAGAUGACUCCCAGCUUCUGGCUGCGUUCUGGGAUGAUGCUGAUGUCACACACGGGGAUGGACGGCUCCUCUACCAGGAGUACCAUGAGAAAGACCAGACCAACGUUUACACCCAACUCGUGUUCAAUCGCACAACCCACGAUGUGGCCAAGUUCUUGGGGGAGUCCACUUUUAGACCUCGCUGGAUCCUCAAGAUCACCUGGGACCGAGUGCUGCCGGUGUCGUACCAGAAGACCAAUUACUCAGAGACCAACACCUUCCAGUGUAUUCUGACCACAGACGGCAUUCACUCUUUUGCCUUCUUGCUGUAUGGAGACAUGAAGUGGGGCGAGGGUCAGCGACAGAGCCACGACGCUCUCAUUGGCUUCACGGAUGGAAAGUUCACACACAAGGAGCCCACGGUCCCUCCUGGCAACUUAUUCGGCCCCGGAGGACGCUACAGACCACAGGAAGUGGAGGGGACUCUGGGGAAGCUUGGCCAACUGGUGUACGAUCUGACUGGGCCGCAAGGUUCCGACAUGGAUCCAGGGGUCAUGUGCCAGUCAUGGGCCUCGAAGGAGCCCGACCCCUCGGUGUGGACCACCGCUCUCCCUUCCUGUCCCUGCACGCGCACCCAGGCCCUGGAAGACCUCUCGUUCAUGCAGGACACCUCAGAUCCUGGACCCAAGGUGAAGGCACUGAGAGGUCUUCGGUGGGGCGGCACUGGAGGUCACAUGUUCCAGUCCAUUCUGGCCAACCAACACAGCUCAGGGAAGAUGUGCGUGUAUGACCCUGAGGGCCCCCUGCUGGCUGGAUACAGUGAACGCCACUUCUUGGACUCGCAUAAAUAUAUCGAGGGAGACCUGCUGCCGUUCCAGUGGUGCUGUAUUGACUCAGCUCUGUGUCAUCAGUACCUCAGCAAGAGGCCUGUGGACCGAUGUAAAGGCUACAGCUGGACCACUCCUGAAGGAUGCACCCCCACUGAGAAGGGCACUCAGGGCGUAGCAAUGGUGUACGGCGCCCUGCACUUCAUCACCUUCGACGGGAGCGAGUACACCUUCAAGGCUCUGGGAGAGUUUGUGAUCGUACGCCUCUCCUCCUCCACCGGAUCUAAUAUCUUCACCCUGCAAGGACAGACUGAGAGGCAGCACUCAGACGCAAAGGGGAUCAGCGACGUCCCAGUGGUGGUGCGCUUGGCUGGUUUCUACCAGAGCAUCGGCAAGAUUGAGUGGAGGUGUGCGCAGACGGCAGAUGGGCUGCAGGUUUUCGUGGAUGAUGUUGAAGUUCCAGUCACGAUCGGCGUGGUGCACAGAGGAGACAGGGACUUUGCCGUGCGCUGCACCGCAGUGAACCGCUGCGCAGCCGUGUACAGCGGCGGCUUGUACGUGGCGGUGUGGAGGGUGGAAGGUCACAGACAGCUCGCAUCCAUCGUGGAGGUCCCUCACACGUUUUACAACCGGACCGUGGGCCUCAUGGGCCUGUGGAGCUCAAACCGCUCAGAUGAUUUCCUGAUGUCAGACGGACGGCUGCUGACCUCGACUGACCUCAACCUCCCUCCUGAGAGCAAGCUGCACGACUUCGGCCUCUCCUGGGCAGUUCCACCUCCAGAGAGCUUGUUGUUCUCGCCACCUCCACUGGUUCCUCUGGAGCCUGUUUCCAAUGAAGACCUGCUGAAGAGCAUGAGUCCUGCUGUAGCGGAGGAGCUGAGAAGAACCUGCAAGGGCAACAUGGAGUGUGUCCUUGACACUGCAGCAACCGGAGAUCCAGACCUGGGCCUGAAGACCUUGGAGACCAAGAAGCGUUUCCAGAACUUGGCUUCGAUCUACGGCAACAUGCCUCCGAUCGUGACUGAACCCACCAUCAUCCGUGCUAAAGUCAACUUCUCAGUAGACGUUCAGAUCAUCGCUCAGGACCCAAACGGAGACUCCAUCACCUUCUCGCUGGUGUACCCGAGACCUCCUCAGGCUUCCAUCAGCAGUGGUGACGGCUACCUCACAUGGAGACCCCUCAGCACCAAGCCAGUCCAGCUGACCAUUAAAGUCAGUGACGAGAAGACCAGCUCUGUCUUCGUCCCCAUCCUCAGGGUCUGCAACUGUCUGAACGGAGGCACCUGCCAGUACGACAGCAUCACUGAGAACCACCAGAAGGGGAAGUUUCAGGUUGUAGGCUGCCUCUGCACCAAAGAAUUCAGCGGGAAGUUUUGCGACAAGCGCGCAGACCCAUGUUACGGUCAGCCCUGCUUCAGAGGAGUGGAGUGCACGUCCCAGUCUGGAGAGUUCACCUGCGGAGAGUGUCCUGCGGGCACUGUGUCCACUGGACGACCGGGAUACAAGUGUCUCAAGCACGACAUGUGCAUGCCUCCGUUCCCCUUCCCCUGCCACAAAGACGCCGUCUGCACCAGCACCAAACAGAACUACACCUGCACAUGCAAGCCGGGGUACACUGGCGACGGCCACACCUGCGGAGAUAUCGACGAGUGUUUGGACCUCUCCACCUGUCCCAACGCCAAGUUCGAGUGUGUGAACAAGCCCGGCUCGGUGGAGUGCGCCUGCAGGUACCAGGACACCAAAGACACAGACGGAUGUGGUGAAUCCGCCAACCCUCCAGGUGGAAACGUCUUCAACGUCUCGGUGGGAUGGAAGAAGAACAGCGCCGAAGGUCUCCAGCAGAUGGUCGACAUCCUGUCCAUGGGCUUCCAGAAUAAGUUCUACAACGCGAGCAACAGGGCCCAGAGCACCACUCCGCAGCUGGCGGAGUAUCUCAUCAACGUGUCCACGGACACCCCGCACUGGUACAUCAGGGAGUACCUGUCCCGCGUGAGCACGCACUACGACAUCGGAACCAUCGAGGUCAACGAUCUGGACGAAUGUGAGGCCAAAGAGGCGGCGUGUGUGCGUCCUGCGAGCUGCAUCAACACCUACGGAGGCUACAGGUGUGUCUGCAACGGCACCACUGAUGUGGACGAAAGCCAGUCCUGCGUGUUAGAGACAAAGAAGGCAAAGGAAGUGAAGCUGGACCUCAUUCUGGGCCUGGUUCUGGGCAUCGGCAUCCCUCUGCUGCUCCUGCUGCUGCUGGCUGCGCUCGCCUGCUUCUACUGCUGCCGGAAAUCUGUGUCCGGAGAUCUGCCGUACCUGCUGCCGGACCACCCGCAGGACCAGUACACCCAGCCCCCCUUCAACUACGCAGACCCUGCCCUGCACUACUUCACCCACAGCAGCCCACGGGUCAUCGACAACAUCACACCGCGGCAACGUCCCAGAUGA